AUGGGCGAAAGAACAAUGGUUAAGUUUUUAAGAAAUGUUAAGGGUGCAAAAUUAACUGGAAACAAGUGCGAAUUAAUUUCAAGAGUUAAAGGCUACAUUGAACAUCCUGACAUGUUAAGCAACAUUCAAACUACUCCUGAAAUAACACUAGAAACAGCCCUUGACAUUGAUAGUUUACAUGAAAGUUGCCUGCAGCGGAACAGUGCAAGAGAAAAUAUACCUUUUGUUAGUUUUGAGACAGUAGAGAGAUAUGUUAAGACACAAGAACAAGCAGCACAAGCAUUGCAGGAUAAAGGGUAUCGUAUGUUUGCUUCUAGAAAAAUCGUUAAGAUUCAGACCGCAAUAGUAGAUGCCCUGCUGGGAAGUCUGGGUUAUGUUGCCACGUUUCUGCAACACUUUAUGCAUUGGAGAAACAUAGCCGCACAAGCAACCUUACAUUAG